AUGGCUUCAGUCCCAAGCACCAUGAAGGGUGUGAUCAUUGAGAAGACUGGAGGACCAGAAGUCCUCGAAUACAAGACUGAUCUACCCGUGCCUGAGCCGAAGGAGGGCCAGAUUCUCGUCAAAAACGACUUCAUCGGCAUAAAUUUCAUCGACACCUACUUUCGAACCGGCCUGUACCCGGCACCUUCCUUCCCAUACGUUCUCGGUCGAGAAGCUGAAGGGACAGUCGUAAAAGUUGGUGGCGGGGACACUCACGGGCUCAAAGAUGGCGAUAAAGUCGUGUGGAUGGCAGAAGGGGCAUAUGCAGAGUACACUGCGGCGCCUGCUGCAAAGGCUGUGAAAGUCCCUAGUGACAUGGAUCCAAAGAUCGGGGCAGCUGCUUUGCUGCAAGGUCUGACAGCGUUGACGCUCGUAAGAGAAGCUCAUCAUGUCAAUAAGGGCGACUGGGUCUUGGUGCAUGCUGCAGCUGGUGGUACUGGACUUUGGCUGGUUCAACUACUCAAGGCAAUUGGAGCAAACACCAUCGGAACUGCCAGUACCGAGGAAAAGAUCAAUCUCGCGACGAAAGCUGGCGCGACACAUAUGAUCAACUACUCGAAAGAGGAUGUGAAGAAGAAGGUCGAUGAGUUGACGGGAGGAAAAGGUGUUAUCGCGGUCUUCGAUGGCGUUGGCAAGGACACGUUUGAUCUCUCGUUGGAUUGCUUAGCAAGAAAGGGCUCUCUGAUUUCCUUUGGCAAUGCAUCUGGCGCUGUGCCUCCAGUAACGAUUGCUAGACUGUCGGCGAAGAACGCAAGGCUGAUGAGACCCACUCUAUUUGGAUACCUCGUUACUAGGGAGGAGUUUGAGCACUACGUCAAAGAACUGUUCGACUUUGUGCUGAAGGACAAGCUAGACGUGAGGAUUCAUGAAGUGUAUCCUCUCAGUGAGGUCGCAAGAGCACACCGGGAUCUAGAGGGACGGAAGACGACCGGGAAGCUGUUGCUUGAUCCAUCAAAAUAG